AAGCACGAUUGUGUAGGUGUAGUUAUUUACUAACUAGUGGCUGCAUUGAUUAGAUUGGAAACAAUAUGUCAUACAGAGAUCUCAGAAACUUUAGCGAGGCAAUGCGAGCGCUGGGCUUCCCCCGGCCGAUAUCACUGGAGAGCUUCAGGACUCCCAACUGGGAGCUGGUGGAGGAGUGUCUGCGGUGGCUGGCGGCGCGCGUGGAGCCCGACGCGGCGCUGGACGGUGGUCGAGACACCGUGGAGCAAAGGGUGGCUCUUGUCACACACGCAGCUGCCUUGUUUCACUCGCGAGCAAACUUGAAGUUAAACGGUAAGAAGAUUUACGGUGCAGACGGCUGGGCGGUCCGGGAGAUGCUGAAGGUGGCUGCACUGCUGCGGACCGCGCUGGAGUCACCGCCGCCAGAUGACACCCAAGUGGAUUCUAAUGUCUUGACCUAUGAUGUUAGCAACCAGUUAUCAGAAAUUAAACAAGCGCGUGCUUUGGCAACCGACAUCACAGCGAAGGGUGCUUUCCUGUACGAUCUACUUGCUAAGGAAGCAGAGAAUAAGGAACAACGUGAGCAAGCUCUUUCUCGCCCUCUGGACAUGGCAGCCAUGGAGUCGUGUCUCCGUCGCGCUUUAGAAACUGUCUCCGGUAAAGUAGCAAAUGGCCGAGAACAGAUCGACAACGUUGCAGCUAGCGAGUCUGCACUCGAUGCUAAGCUGGAGCGGAGAAGAGCUGAGCUGCAGAGAGCUGAGAAGAGGUUGCAUACGGUACAGAAGAUCAAACCAGCGUAUCAAGGUGAGCUGACGGCUUUGGAGACUGAAAUCGAGCAGCUGUGGGACCAGUACGUGCUGAGGUACCGCUGCGUCGAGGCUUUGAAGCAUCAGCUCAGUGUGCUGGAAAGCGCACAGGCCGAGGAGGCAGAAGAACAACAAGCUGCAAUACUGCAGCUCAUACAUAAAUACGAAGCGGAAGAUGUCCUGGGCAAACUUAGCGAUUCAGAAGACAUGGACUCCAGUGAUGAUGGUAAAGACUUGAGCGAGGUGAAGCAGCCUCGACCUGCCACUAGGCCCAAGACUCGGCUGAGGAUCAAGACAGCUGGUGGCGCAGCGGAGUCUCGCCGCGCGUUCGGUAACAUGGCGGCAGCGGCGAGAGAUUCUCUCGAUGAAAUCCGUGAUGAAGACGCUUCGCGUUCUGACUCGGACUUCUCCGACAGACAGUAUUAUGGGGGUGAUGUUGGGUCCCGCUGGAGUCGUUCACGGCCGCGGCCCGCUACCCGCACGCUGGGGGCAGCUGAUGAUGAUGACUAUGCUGAUCUUAUUAAUGGAGUUGGAGCCGGUGAUGCAGAAGACGGGGACUCGCUAGGUAGUUCCUCGGAGAGUGAACUCCGGCUGACGAGCGCGAGACCCAGUGCAGCACCAGGUCGAGCGUCUGUUCUCAGCGACAACGAGUUCUAGAAUGAACCGGGUUAUCCGCAAUAUACCAAGGGGAUACUGGUUGAGGUCUCGCGACCCCUUUACUCCGGCAUCAAUUCUGGGGCAUAACCCCCAGCCCCCCAUGCUUGAAAAAAACUGUAAAUAUCAAAUUAAAAAAUAGUAAAAUCGUAUAUAAUUUAAUGUUAGUAAUAAAUAGAAUAUAUAAUAAGAAGGGCGUUAAAAACAAGAAAAAACAAUGUAAUUGUCAAAAUUUUUUUCGGAAUCAAAAGUUGCAAUUUUUCCAUCUGUCAGAUUCUCUUCUAUGUCAGUUUUAAUUUGUAACUCUUCUUGAUUUUCCGUUUAAACUUGAACUUGAAUUGAAUUUCUAAAAUGUAAAUAUACAUUUAAAACUGUAGGGUUGGCUACACUGUCUGCAUCCCCAAGAGGGUACAGGUCGGGGCCUCAGGGCCCCUUUGGCCUGGAAUCGACUCCGGUAGCAACAAUCCCCGAGGGACUAGAUUUAAGACCUUUUAUAUGGGCAGGAAAUUUUCUAGAUGAUUUCUAGAAUGAUGUUAUCCAUCACUAAGUGUUGUUAGUUGAAAUUAAUAGACGGGUUUGCCAACCUAAUAUUUUUGUCUCAUUUGAACGAGCUCAAAAAUCUCUUACUUCGUUAUU